UGUAACCAACUUUUAAAAUAAAACAAAAACACGCUCGAAGCACCUUCACGGUGGUUCUAUGCAAAAGACGUGAAUGAUUCCACGUUUGUUUUUCUUGCCAGAGAUCGUAACGGUAACAAGGGAGUUUAGUGAACGUCUUGAUUCCCUUCAGGUCGUAGUUUUCUCGUCGGUGACUGAACUUAGCUAGUUAGGCUGGCUAACUCUGUUGCUCUGCACCAGAAACACGUGUUAUUGGGAAAAUGAAUGCAGAAACAUCUGGUUGGACCAUGGAGAACGUCCAGAGGCUGUUUGUAAAAAUGAAAAGCGGGAUCCCCAGGACCUACGCUACGUGCUCCUACGUGAAGGGACUGAAGCACGUAGACUGGAACAAGGUGGCCUUCGCUCCUUUCUCUGCGGAAGACUGUGAGCGAAAGUGGAGACUGCUUAUGAAGAAGAUGCGCAAACAGCGGUCCCUCAUAGAGCUCAUUGUUGAAGCUGAAGACGUCCUGUCAGACCCUGUCCUGAACAGUAAGAUCCAUCCAGACUACCCAACUAGACCCCCCACUUCAUUUGUCUUGUUUUAUGAGGAGAACUGGGUCAAAAUUAAAGAACAGCAUCCAGAGCUGAGUCACGCUGAGGUAGUGGCGGCAACGAGCAAGGCGUACAUAGAGCUCCCAGAUAGCAAAAAGGCUCUAUAUUUGAGGAAAUACCAGCUUGCUCACCACAAAUACAGGGAAAAGACAAAGGAGUUCAGGGAAACGCAUCUCAAGCUUUCAGAUAUUGUGGACACGAGUAAGCAGGUGACUGUAGAUGGUGAAGAUGCAGAAGGUCUGCCGCCCAGGCCUCCUAUAAAUGGCUAUAAGAUAUUCUGCAAAGAGCAACUGGAGUCCAUGGCUGGGGUCUCUAAUAGAGACUAUAUGAAAGUGUGGUCCCAACGUUGGCGGGACUUGACUAAGAGUCAGAAGAAAGAGUACUCUGAACACUGCGCCGAGAUGAAGAAAACCUAUACAAUCAAGCUGCAUAAAUAUAUAAAGAACUUGGAUGAGGAGGAACAGAAUAAGAUCCUAACCGAAAAUGCCAGGUACAUAUCUAAAGAGGCUGUUAUGAAAAGUGGCGAGUCCAAGGGGACAUCUCGCGGGCUUUACAAGAAGAAACGCCCAAAAGAGAAAGCACCGGGAGACAUUAUAGGAUAUUCAAAGGACCUGCAGAAGUGGUUUAAGUCAUUGACUGCAGCCGAGCAAGAGGAAUAUCAGGCAUCGAACCCAACUAAAUGUCGAUACGUCAAUGUCAAAAGAUCGUCCGAUUCAGAAGAUGAAGACAUUGAGGACAGCAGCAGUGAUGAAGAAGAGGUCUAUCUAGACUGCGAUGAGUACAUGGGGGAAGAAGAGGAGGGUGACGUCACGUUCGAUAUGUAUUAGAUGGUGAGAUGGCCAGCAGAGAUCUCGCAGACGCACAUCAAGUCCAGAGCCGGAUUCUGGAUUUGAUAAUAUCGACAAGGGCCUCAGUGACAGAUUUUGACCUGCAUAACUAAAUUAUGUAACUGUGGCUUACGUGGUGUGUAUUCCCAAAUAAAUUAGUACAUUUUAUAA